AAAUCACUUCUUUCAUGGUGUUGUUCGGCGUUUCUCAGAUAAUUUUAUCUCAGAUACCAGAUUUUCACGGUAUGGCAUGGUUGUCCGUCGUGGCUGCACUCAUGUCCUUCUCUUACUCAUUCGUCGGAUGCGGCCUCGGCCUUGCCGGUGUAAUAGUGAAUGGAACGAUAAAAGGAGGAAUUAGUGGGGUUGCUUCUCCCUCCACAGCUCAAAAAGUAUGGAAGAUCUCUCAAGGACUUGGAGACAUAGUAUUUGCUUUUCCGUAUUCGAUACUUCUACUAGAAAUAGAGAACACUUUGAAAUCACCGCCACCAGAGAACAAGACAAUGAACAAAGCAUCAACGAUUGCCAUUUGCAUCACCACGGCGUUCUAUCUCUGUUGUGGGUGUUCAGGCUAUGCUGCCUUCGGAGAUGAUACACCGGGAAAUCUUCUGACUGGAUUUGGCUUCUAUGAACCUUACUGGCUCAUUGAUUUUGCCAAUGCUUGUAUUAUUGUUCACCUACUUGGAGGGUAUCAGAUGUACUGCCAGCCAAUUUACGCUUUGAUCGACAGAUGGCUUUCGAAGAGAUUCCCAAACAACGGGUUUGUGAACGAUUUCUAUGUUAUCGAACUCCCACUGUUACCAAGUUACAGAAUGAAUCUACUGAGAUUAUGCUACAGAACUCUCUACGUCACCUCAACAACAGCAAUUGCAAUGUUGUUUCCAUACUUCAAUCAGGUGUUGGGGGUUCUUGGUGCCUUCAAUUUCUGGCCCAUUGUAAUUUAUUUCCCACUGCAGAUGUAUUUCGUGCAGAGGGGGUUAGGUUCUUGGACAAGGAAAUGGGUUUUGCUUCAGAUGUUUAGCUAUGGAUGCUUGAUUGUUAGUGUGUUUGCUUUUGUUGGAUCGGUUCAAGGACUCCUUAGUGAGAAGUUUAGUUAGUAUUCAUAGUUUGUCAAAUCCUCUGACACUUGUAUUAAAAAAAAAACAAGCUUCGUCUACAGGUAUUCACUGUGAAGGAUGUGCUACAGUUUCUGAAGUAAUUCAUAUUG